AAGUGGAAAAUUUUCGGGAGUCAGCAGAAACAUUGUAUCCAAAAAAGACAAAGUCGCAGUUACAGCAACACCGAGGAGAUUGUCCCUGGAAAACUUCCUUUCGGUUUAUCCCCCUGAAGACUCCAGGCUUCGGCUUGGAGACGCCAGCCAUCACCAUUGAGCCCAGCAGCUGGAGCGGCAGCGAGAGUCCUGCCGAGGACAUCGAGAGGAUGAGUGACUCUGCAGACAAACCCAUUGACAACGACGCAGAGGGGGUCUGGAGCCCUGACAUUGAACAGAGCUUCCAGGAGGCUCUAGCUAUCUAUCCACCCUGUGGGAGGAGGAAAAUCAUCUUAUCAGAUGAAGGCAAAAUGUAUGGUAGGAAUGAAUUGAUAGCCAGAUACAUCAAACUUAGGACAGGGAAGACACGGACCAGGAAGCAGGUGUCUAGUCACAUACAGGUCUUAGCAAGAAAGAAAGUUCGGGAAAUUCAAGCCGCCAUUAAGGUGUCUAGUCACAUUCAGGUUCUUGCCAGAAGGAAAUCUCGUGAUUUUCAUUCCAAGCUGAAGGUAACAAGCAUGGAUCAGACAGCAAAGGACAAAGCACUCCAGCACAUGGCAGCAAUGUCAUCAGCUCAGAUAGUCUCAGCUACUGCUAUUCACAACAAGCUGGGCCUGCCAGGAAUUCCCCGUCCUACAUUUCCUGGGGCACCUGGGUUUUGGCCGGGCAUGAUUCAAACGGGGCAGCCUGGAUCCUCACAAGACGUCAAGCCAUUCGUUCAGCAGGCCUAUCCUAUCCAGCCAUCAGUCACAGCUCCCAUUUCAGGCUUUGAGCCCACAUCAGCUCCAGCUCCCUCCGUCCCUGCGUGGCAGGGCCGAUCCAUUGGUACGACCAAGCUCAGGCUGGUGGAGUUCUCAGCUUUCCUUGAGCAGCAGAGGGAUCCUGAAUCUUACAACAAACACCUCUUCGUGCACAUCGGCCACGCCAACCAUUCCUACAGCGACCCCUUGCUCGAGUCGGUGGACAUCCGCCAGAUCUACGACAAAUUCCCCGAGAAGAAGGGCGGCCUGAAGGAGCUCUUUGGGAAGGGGCCUCAGAACGCCUUCUUCCUCGUGAAAUUCUGGGCUGACUUAAACUGCAACAUCCAGGAUGACACAGGAGCGUUUUACGGAGUCACCAGUCAGUACGAGAGCUCAGAAAACAUGACAAUCACCUGCUCCACCAAAGUCUGCUCGUUUGGAAAGCAAGUAGUAGAAAAAGUAGAGACUGAAUAUGCAAGGUUUGAGAACGGCCGGUUUGUGUACAGGAUAAACCGCUCUCCCAUGUGUGAAUACAUGAUCAACUUCAUACACAAGCUGAAGCAUUUACCAGAGAAAUACAUGAUGAACAGCGUCUUGGAAAACUUCACAAUUUUAUUGGUGGUAACAAACAGGGACACACAAGAAACCCUGCUCUGCAUGGCUUGUGUGUUCGAGGUGUCCAACAGCGAACAUGGAGCACAGCAUCACAUCUACAGGCUUGUAAAGGACUGAGCAGUUAUUUAUAUAUACACUUCAUUUCACUUCUUUAUCAAAACACAGACUGUAAACCUCAACACUAAGUGGCAGUGCCUCUGGCCCAACUUUCACCCGCAUUUUUCUAAAUCCUGUUUUAGUGAAGUCAUUUUUAAUGUGUUCAUAUAUAAUUGUAGCUGUGAAAUUCUGGUACAGUUGUAAAAAUUAUUUCUAAAACUAAGUGUUCUUCAAAUUUGUAAACCACAGUUCUUUGGGAAGACUGUAUUUAAGAACCUAAUGCCUCUGUCUGUGGAGGUCUAUUUUUAAUUCUGAUAGAAAAAUGUAUGACAGAGCAUUUGCCAUGGGGAAAAACUGACAGCGUUUAUAAGAAUUUAUUUUGGGUUUUUUUCCAACAUGAAAUACUUGUUUUACAAUGCAAGUGGAAUUGAAAUGAAUCUUUAGCUAUAACUGUAAAUGAGUACACAAAGUUAAUAAUCUCUAUAGAAUUAUCUUUGUAACUAAUUAGGGUGGAAGAUAUGGACGAAUGUAAUUCACUAAAUUAUUUUUUAAAAUGAAACAUUUUUCUGUUUGAAACCAAAUGAAAAAUAUAGCCUUAAGAAAUGCCUGAUAGAAACAGACAGGUCCUAAAAUUAGGCAAAUUUUGUAUUUUUUUCUCAACGCUAAAACUAAUCUUCUAAUCCAUUAAACUUUCAAACAGGUAUUGCAGAGAAAGAAAACAUCACCCCUUUACCCCUAACAUAUCUAGUGUAUUUUAAAAGAGUAUAAAGUUGUAUUGUACUAAUAUGAAAAUUUGAUUAUUUAAUGAAAAAGAUGGCUCAUUUUGCAAUAAGUAGGUAAAUACUGAAGAUUUAGACUUGCAUUAUAUGUAGUCUUGUGUGUGCAGUUAUAUUUUAUACGGACAACUAUGUUUUCUAAAACGUUGAGCAAAAAACGCGCAACUCUGAAAUCAGGAGGUGAACGGAAACAGCUGACACUGCAACAGCAUCGAGUCAUCCUCAAACUGAGAGCAGAACACUGAUGUGUCUGAGAGAAGAGUGUGCACACCUCUGAAAGGAUCAGCAGCUUUAAUAUCUGUGAGACGCUAGAAAAUCACAACCAACAUCAGGCAGAGAGGGUUGGAAAGUGGAGAAUUUUAAUUUUUUUUUUCUCCUUUUCCUCUGAAUCGUGGUGCUCUUACACCUCUCCCCAGCUGUAUCUGGCAAAGACCUGAUCUGAAACAAACACAAGCUACCACGAGGGGUCUGCUGUCCUCUUGGGUGUGCUAAAUUCAGGGAAGGCUCCAGGCAGAGAGGCACAGCUGGAGAUAUUUGAAUACGGAGAGGAUUCACACCUGAGUGAUGUCUGGGGUCAGCACACCUGAGAGCAGCAGUCUCACCCCUCCCAUGCUGGACUGAGGGUGCUGCUCAGCUCCUCUCCUGCUGCCCCCCCUUGCCCAGGCAGAAGUUUUUUGGGAAGGUGCUGGGCCAGCAGGGGCUUCUCCAGCAAAACAUUUGUCUGAAAGGCUGCCCGACCAAGCACAAGCCACCUUAGGGAUAAGUGAUGAGUUAUCAGCAAGGAGGGUUCUUGGGAGAGUCUUUUGCAGUCCUGACUCAAAGUUCACGUUUCCCUACCCCUUCUGUAUGUUCCUGUAGUGCCAUACUUUUUUCUUGUUACCAAAAUUCAAUUUAAUGCAAAACCAGCACAGUUCCCAUGCACAGUUUAAGCGUAGAAUUUACUCCCAGGCCCAGUGCUGUAGUCUUCAAACAAGCAAGUCUAAUUCUUUUCUGUAAAAUGAUAUUCUUGCAUAAUUUCUGUUAGAAUUGUGGAAAUGUCUGCACUGGAUGGAGCCUGGGGGAGGUGGUGGGUCAGCCCUGGUGAGGUCUGGGGUGCAAACAUCACCGAGGGGAAUGGAGACUGCUUUAAUUCCUCAGCCCCCCUGGGGUGGGUGCUUAGGAUGCUGGCUGUGAUGUCUAGCUCUUACCUGCUCGUGGAUAUUAGGGCUGGUGACCUUUCAGCUGAUCCUCGUCCAUGGCAAGGUCUCUUUUGUUUAACACUAACAACCACAUCAGGAGAAGCACUGCAUUGUAACAGCCUAACGGUAGCCCUUUAUUCUAAGCACUUGGUGUUACAAGUCAAAAACUACUUUUUGGUUUUUGUUCUAAAGUUGUCUUUUAUUUAGGGUUUGAAUUGUGGGUUUGGUGAUUUUUUUUUUAUUUUUUUUUUUUAAUAACAAGCAAACUCUUUAAGGCAUAUAAAGUAUGUAAGUCAAUUUGCAAAACCAGGUACAGUUUUGUUUGUUUUUUUUUUUUUAAUAGGAUCUGGCACACUACAUAUGCCAUAACUAUAGGGUGUAAACAGUCACAAUGUUUAAUGGUGUUCACAUAGGUAAUGUUAGGGAAACUACUUCCAUUGUCUUUUCUUUACACUUCUGUAAAUGACCCAUACCCUGUAUAUGUUAAUUCUUAAAAGCCUUAAUCCUUCAACCGUUGAGUGUGGGGUGUGUAGUCCAACAGGCUGCCUGUAAACUGUGAGCUCUUUUGUAAGCUGGAAGUACUUAUCUUGUUACUGUUACUUUUUUGUAGGAACCUUUUAAUUGAGAGCUGCCAAAGCAUUACAAUAUGCAGUGCCUUAGCAUUAUAUUAGAAGUACCUUUUAGCCUCUUAACGUUAAAUUUUAUACAUUGUUUUAUUAAUUGGUUCCAUUUUAAAAAUAUCUGUGUUUUUCCCCCUGCAGAAACACUCUUUGACUGCUUGGUCUAAACCAGCUGUCUGUACAAGCCAGUCCCAUUGCAGUGAGAUGCCUAUACCAAAAGGAAAGGUUACAGAUCCCUAGUUCUCCGUGAAAAGUGAAUUGUAUUAAUGAAUGCUGCCUUUUUAAAUUUCAUGACCAAAUAAUUAAUUGUGACUCUUCUGCACUCUAGCAUGAAAGUGCCUUUGGUUUGAAAUUCCAGCUUAGAAAAGUGCUGCCAUAAUAAUGACAAUUUGUAGAGAGACCAAAAAUAUUUAGUUAUCACCGUAAUGCCUUUGGUUUAUUGGAAUAAGUUGAAUCUACAGGCCUCCAUUCACAAAAGAGCACCAUUCAUAGCAAAGGGAUUUUGCUAAUGAUCAGCCUGCUGAAGAAAAAUCUACUGUUUGCCAUUUCUGACAGCAUUGCAAACCAGCAACUGAUUUGUCUGUGAUGUAAGAAUGAAAAUAUUCCCAUUUAUAUUCUCUUCAUCCUGUCACGCAUCUGCAUAACGAGAGAUCCAUAUCCUACAGAAUUCCAGUGGACAAACACGGCUUCAUCGAUCUCCUCUAACAAUGUGUUGGUGUCUGUGAAGAUUCUUUGCUCAGACAGCAGAUUUUGUUUACAAGGUUGUGCAUGCCGAAGGUCAGAUGCAGAAAACAAGAGGAAGGUGGAGAGCUGAGGGCGGUGAGGGUAAAAGCAAUCGUGUGGGUUUAAACAUUGAAAUGUCCAGUGGGAGCCUUGUGGGUGAACGUGCUGCUGGGGAAACUCUGGCCAGCACCACUCAAAGCACAGGGUUGUUUUCUUUUCCUCCAAGAUGAUGUCUUGGGGAAAAGAAAAAAAAAAAAAAUCAGCUCGUCUUAAUAAUGUGUCUGUAUUUGAUACCUUCUGUGAACAGGGGCCAUGCUCUCCACCACAACUGAAAUCAAUGAGAAGAGGAGCAACAUUUAAACAAUUUUAGAACAAAUAUCAGCAAAACCAAAAGCUGUCAGAGGGAUUAUAUAGUUGUGAAUACAAUGUUAACUUGAUUUUUAAAGUAUUUGAUGAAAACUAAGAUUAACUUUUUAUAUAGAGAAAUAUUGUGACACUGUGUGGUAAAUAUUGUGAUAAUUCAAAUUCCCUUUCUCUAAAAUAUUAUUUUUGUUAUUCCUUCGAGGUCUAAAUCUCACUUACCUCUAUAAGACAAGUAAUCCUGUUGAACUCAACGAGACUGAGGUAGGGCAAGGACCUACACAAAGCAGAACGUACUUUUUCAGUUUUUGCCAAACAUUUUGGCUGUGCUAGCCAACGUUUGUGAUAAGCCACACCUCUGUCUCAUUCCAACAUGCCUAAUGGUACCAUUUGGGGCUGUUCAAAACCGCUACUAAGGAAGGUAGUUGGACUUACUUGAAUUCCAGACCGGUUUUGUUUAGGUACUGCACCACUAUUUUGAAGGAAGCGCAGACCCCGUGCCCGUUUCUCACUCUCCCCCUCCAGCACAGCUCCAGCUCAGCUCUGCAGCAGCCUGUCCCCUGGAUGCCACGGCCGGGCUGUUGGGAUAAUGAAGGCUGUACACUGACGUGGUGUACCUUGGCGCUGGGUGGCCGUGCCCGCGCCGCGUUCGGCGUUGCGCUCGUUCCGUGUCUAUUUAUUCUCCCACCACGAGUCCCCGGCGGUGCCUGCUGCCUGCAGCAGCGCCCCUGGCAGUUCCCUGGAGCCCUCAGCCAGCCCCACUGAGAGCCCUGGUGGUGUUCCCCCCGUUCCUUUUCCCGUGAGGAUGCGCCUGCCCGGGCACAGGUGAGGAGUAGAGCCCGGCUUUGUCCUUCGCUCAGGAUGAUCUCCUUUCCCCCUCUUAUCUUUCACAACCAGAUGUUUAGCUCCCCCCUAAGAAAGAUUGAGGCUGGAUGAGUCAAAGUACAAGAAACAUCUUCACCUUUUAACUUUUCAGGUCAUUCUUGCUGAGAUCAUGUAAUUAGUUUUAGUGUGUAAAUUAAAUCUUAAAUGCACUCAGUUGACUAAAAGGAGAUGGAUCCCUGUUACCUCCUUACAGAAUAUGUGUUUUUGUUUUUUGUUUUGUUUUGUUUUAUGGGCCUCUGAUUCAGGCUCAUGACUGCAGACAAAAAAUACAAUAUGUGCCUGAAAAAAAAAAAAAGACAAAAGAAUUUUAUAACAUUGAAAACCUGAAUAGCCUUUAAUUCUUCAGUACAUUUUAUGUAAAACAGGUUGGGUUUUUGUUUUGUUUUUGGGGUUUUUUUGCCAUGUGCAUUUGUUCACAUUUGUAAAUGACUUAAUGGAAUUCUCACUUUAUGUUUAUUUGUGUAAUGUGUAUAAAAUGGGUUUGUGACUUAAGCAUAUUCAUAUAUGGUCAGUGGUUACUUUAAUAUUGUACUGCUGCUGGUAACUUUUGAUGUAGAACUUGCCUUUUGAUGAUAAAGUACCUCUAGGUUAGACAGUGAGGGAAGGCUCUUGGAAAAAAAAAACCUGAAUGUUCUCCAAUGUUUUCUUAACAUAUUUGCAGAAGCUUUCAAAAGGAGUUUCAGUCAAACCUCUUGGCAGUACAGUAUUCUUGUAUUUGUUAUUGUCUGUGUGUAGGUACUGGUACCUUUUUUUUUUUUUUUGUUUAAAAUGUUUUAAGUGUUGGCUUUAAAGUGAAUUUAUCUUUAGUAUGAUAGUAAUAUGAAAAUUAUAGGUUUUGUGUGCAGAGAAUUUUUUUAUAAAGUGCUUUGUAAAAAAAAAAAAAAUGUAUUCUAGCUUUCGCGGUACAUAUGUGUGAUAACUUUAAUAUCCAUGACAGUUAAGUGCAAUUAUUUCAUCACUCUAAAAAUGCUAUUUUUGUGUCGGUUACUGCAGGUGUUUUCAUGUCUUUGCAAAGUGACACAUUUUGAUGCCUUCUUGAUAAAGUGGUAGAAUUUUUGUAGCUUUCUAGAAACUUUGUAUUCAUACAGUAUCAAUUGAAAAUAAAGAAAAUGAAAGUGUU